AUGCCUAUGUGGAGCUGCCUGGUGACAGGAGCAGGAGGAUUUCUGGGCCAGAGGAUCAUCCGCUUGUUGGCUCAGGAGAAAGAGCUGCAGGAGGUCAGGGCCUUGUUCAGGUCCUUCACUCCAAAACACAGGGAGGAAUUAUCCAAGCUCCAGACAAAAGCCAAGGUGACCGUGCUGAAGGGAGACCUUCUGGAUGCCCAGUGCCUGAGGAGAGCCUGCCAGGGUGUCUCUGUUAUCAUCCACACCGCUGCCUCCCUUGACAUCUUGGGUGCCAUUCCCAGACAGACCGUCCUGGAUAUCAACCUGAAAGGUACUCAGCACCUAUUGGAUGCUUGUGUGGAAGCCAGUGUCCCAGUCUUCAUCUACAGCAGCUCAGUGUCUGUGGCUGGACCAAAUUCCUACAAGGAGAUCAUCCAGAAUGGAUGCGAGGAAGACAAUCAUGAAAGCACAUUGUCUUAUCCGUACCCAUACAGCAAAAAGAUGGCUGAGAAGGCAGUGCUGGCAGCCAAUGGGAGCAGCCUGAAAGAUGGUGGCACUUUGCGUACUUGUGCCUUAAGACUUACAUUCAUCUAUGGAGAAGGGAGCCAACACAUUUCAUAUGCAGUAAAUAGAGCACUCAAGAACAAUGGCAUACUUGACAAUUUUGCCAGAUUCUCAAUGAUCAACCCAGUGUUUGUGAGUAAUGCAGCCUGGGCACACAUUCUGGCAGCCAGGGGCCUACGAGACCCCAAGAAGUCACCAAACAUCCAAGGUCAGUUCUACUACAUCUCAGAUGAAACCCCUCACCAAAGCUUUGUUGAUUUAUUCUACAACCUGAGCAAGGACUGGGGCAUUCACCUGGAUUCCAGUUGGAGCCUUCCUCUACCCAUGCUCUACGGUCUGGCCUUCCUGUUGGAAUCUGUGAGCUUCCUGCUGCGUCCAAUCUACAGUUACCAGCCUCCUUUUAACCGCUGCUUCGUCACACUGUCAAAUAGUGUGUUCACCUUCUCCUACAAGAAAGCUCAGCGAGAUCUGGGCUAUGAGCCACCUGUCAGCUGGGAGGAAGCCAGACGGAAAACUUCUCAAUGGAUUGGGUCACUAGUGGAGCAGCACAAGGGGACACGGAACACAACGUCUCAGUGA